AUGUCGAAGCUGGACUACACCACCGCUUUAAUCACUGGCGGGGUCGCCAUUUGUACAGCAGCCGCCGUUGGUGUGUUUAUUUAUCGUGCUCGUAAGCGAACAAGAGUAUUUAAAGCAGUCGGUGUUUUAGAAGAGAUGUACCUCCAUCCCAUUAAAUCGUGCCGUGGUGUCUUGGUGGAUAAAGGUUACUGCAACGUCCAAGGCUUGCAGUACAAAACCCUGAGAGAUAGAUACUGGAUUAUAGUGAAUGACAAGAACAUAGUCCUGCGGAUUCGAAAUGAGCCGAUGAUGACGUUGAUCACGCCAACUUUGAGUGCCGAUAACAGAUACAUGUACUUGGAUGCCCCGAAUAUGACGACCCUAAAAAUACCUAUUGAUACAAGAGAGGUUCCCAAGGGUGAACAGAAACUUAUUGAUAUCAGUGUGUAUGGUACCGACAUAAAAGGCUACUAUUGCGGUAAACAAUCCGAACAAUGGCUGACUACAUAUUUGAAGGUACCCGGAUGCAAACUUCUCAACUGUGACGACGACAUCAAAUUGAGAGACGCCAGUGACGUCAUCAGACCUAGACGUGUGAACAGAAAGGGGGAUUUUGUGGCGUAUGCUGAUUACGCUGCAUUUAUGCUACUUUCCAAGGAGUCAUUGACGGACUUGAAUGAAAAAUUAGAAACACCCGUUUCUAUGCGAUAUUUUCGACCGACUUUAGUAGUUUCUGGAUGUGAACCCUUCGCUGAGGAUACUUGGAAGUUCAUAAAAAUAGGAAACGUCGUUUUAAGACAUAUGAAGUUCACUGAAAGGUGUAAAUCGGUAACCGUCGAUCCGGAAACUGGCAUAAUGGCUGAAGAUAAUGAGCCAUUGAAAACAUUAAAAACAAGAAGACAGGCUAUGUACCGCGACUCUCCUUUGCUAGGAGUUCAUCUCUGCCUUGACUCGGAAGGAAGUAUCAAACUCGGUGACGUAGUUUAUGCCGCAUUGGAAUAA